AUGAAUUCGAAGCUGGAUCUGCUAAAGCAGGAGGAGCUCAAACUGGUGGCGGAGAUCAAGGAAACGAAUGCUGCUAUUAAGGGUGAAGAGGCCAACAAGAAGCACCUGAUGCAACAGGCCGACGUGUUCACCUCUGUACCAGAGAGGGACGUGGUCUUCAAGGGAGCGACUGGAAAUGCAAACAACAAGCAAGAGUUUGAGAUGAAGCCACAUAUCGUUUACCCGAUGGAUGGCGGGACGGCGCUGAUUACCUUCGAGGAGGAAGUCGUUGCCAAACGUGUGGUACAAAAUGAGUUCCAUGACUUGAAUCUCCAAAAGAAGAAGCACACAGUGAGAGUGACGCCUUUCAUCAACGGGAAAAUUUCAAACCUGAAGUCCAAGAUGACGCAGUGUCCUCGGGCGGUAAUGCUGACAGGAAUACCCGACAUCAUGGAGCGGGAAACUCUGCAGGACCUGCUAGAAAUCCACUUCCAGAAAAACACCAACGGCGGGGGAGAAAUUGAAGCUUUCCUCUACAACCCGCUGGGUCAGCACACCUCUGCUGUGUUUGGAGGCGUCACACCAGACUCUGAGGAUGAGGAACAGUAGAUCCACCACUGCUGCUUCGACAAAGGUUCAGGGUUAAUAUCAUCUACCAGAAAUGAAGACCGGAAGUUGUUUUUGUCCCUUGCAUGAGGGAAGUCAGCAUAAAUUUAUAAAAGUUAUUAUUCAAAGGGGAUUUUUGGCGUCAGAAAAAGUGGGUGGUAAUUUUUCUAUGAUUGCAGAGAUUCAAGUGAAAGUGUAUCUAUAAAGUAUUUAACCUGGGUAAAUACUGUGGUAUCAUAGUCAUGCAAUACUUGAUUAUAUUGCAUUUACAUAAUUACCCGAUGUAAAAUAUUAAACUGUAUGAAAUGAAGUUUUUUUCCUGCUAAAAUAGAAAAAAAGAAGUUUAGUAGUUGUGCCAUAUCUCAUUUUUUUCUUUCUGUGAAAAAGGUGGCAGCGUCCAUCUUUAGUUACUGGAGAAGCGUCUGGAUUUCUGUAUGCAAAGCAAAUGAAUUACUUAUUUUUAACAAGAUUGCCUUGUUGAAUGUCGUGGGCUCCAUUUUAUUGUAUUCAUAAAAGAAUAAAAGUUAAUUGUGAGAAAA